UUCUGAGUCAAAAAGUCAAAUUGUUGUAGUAGGAAAAUCGCCCCUUUCAAAGCAUUUGCAUCACUUGUUCUGAGCCAAACACUUCAAUUACUUUGUCUUCUUCCUUUUCUUAUAGCCUAUAAUAUGAUCUAGACACCCACAAGCAACUAUCCUACUGGUAUAUCAAUUGAAGAUCAAAUCUCUCCCUCACAAAAGCCAAACAUGCAAAACAAUGAAGUGGGUUUCGAUUCAACGAAGAUGAAGAGGAAAAACUCAGAAGAUGAGGUAGAGGUAGAGGAAGAAGAGGAAAAAAGAGAAAACCAGCAGUGGUCUGUGGAGCGUGUAUUCGAGGACCAAGAAGUGCCAUUAUGGAGGAACCAACUAACUAUAAGAGCCUUCGUUGUGAGCUUUGUGUUGAGCAUAUUAUUUAGCUUCAUAGUAAUGAAGCUUAAUCUCACAACUGGGAUCAUACCUUCACUCAAUGUAUCUGCUGGUCUUUUGGGCUUCUUUUUCCUCAAGAUUUGGACUACUUUUCUCGGAAAAUUUGGUCCUUUGAGCCAACCCUUCACCAGGCAAGAGAAUACCGUCAUCCAGACCUGUGUUGUCGCCUCCUCUGGCAUCGCCUUUAGCGGUGGCUUUGGGAGUUACCUCUUUGGAAUGAGUGAAACUAUUGCCAAACAAUCAGCAGAAGACAGCGAUUAUCACAAAAAUCCAUCAUUAUCUUGGAUGAUCGGCUUUCUGUUUGUAGUUAGCUUCCUGGGCCUCUUCUCAGUGGUGCCUCUUAGAAAGGUCAUGAUCAUAGACUUCAAAUUGACAUAUCCAAGUGGCACUGCAACUGCUCAUCUCAUCAACAGCUUCCACACCCCUGCAGGAGCCAAACUAGCAAAGAAACAAGUGAAAACAUUGGGGAAAUUCUUCUCUUUCAGCUUCUUGUGGGGCUUCUUUCAAUGGUUCUAUACUGCAGGAGAUGAUUGUGGAUUUGCUUACUUUCCUACAUUUGGUCUGAAAGCUUAUCAAAACAAGUUUUACUUUGAUUUCUCAGCAACGUAUGUUGGAGUUGGAAUGAUUUGCCCACAUAUUGUAAACAUAUCAGUUUUGCUUGGGGGAAUUCUUUCCUGGGGUCUGAUGUGGCCUUUAAUAGAUACUAGAAAGGGUCACUGGUAUUCUGCUGCCCUUGAGUCAACCAACAUACAUGGUCUUCAAGGUUACAAGGUGUUUAUUGCCAUUGCCAUUAUCUUGGGUGAUGGUCUGUACAACUUCUUUAAGGUGCUAAGCCGAACUCUUGCUGCUUUGUUUUUCCAACUCCGAAGUCGAGGUGCAAGCAGUGGUCUCCCUGUUGUUGACCAUCCUUCUCCUAAGAGCCUUAAGCUCUCUUACGAUGAUGAACGCCGCACACGACUCUUUAUCAAAGAUCAAAUUCCAACAUGGUUUGCUAUUGCAGGAUAUGUUACAAUUGCUGCCAUCUCUACAGCCACUCUUCCACACAUCUUUCACCAACUCAAAUGGUACUACAUACUGGUCAUCUACAUCUUUGCACCAACCUUAGCAUUCUGUAAUGCUUAUGGAUGUGGACUCACUGACUGGUCUCUAGCAUCUACCUAUGGGAAGCUAGCUAUUUUCACAAUUGGGGCAUGGGCUGGUGCUUCACAUGGCGGAGUUCUUGCUGGACUUGCAGCUUGUGGAGUGAUGAUGAACAUUGUCUCCACUGCCUCUGAUCUCACUCAGGAUUUUAAGACAGGUUACUUAACCCUAUCUUCACCACGGUCAAUGUUUGUGAGCCAAGUAAUUGGAACUGCAAUGGGUUGCAUUAUUUCUCCUUGUGUCUUUUGGCUCUUUUACAAGGCCUUCGAUGAUCUUGGGCAUCCUGGAAGUGAAUACCCUUCUCCUAAUGCUGUUAUUUACAGAAACAUGGCUAUAUUGGGGGUUCAAGGCUUUUCAGCUCUGCCAAAGAAUUGUCUGUUACUUUGUUAUGUGUUCUUUGGUUUAGCCAUUGCGAUAAACUUGAUCAAAGACUCAUCGGGUAAGAAAUGGUCAAGAUUCAUUCCCCUUCCAAUGGCAAUGGCUAUACCUUUCUAUCUGGGACCAUACUUUGCCAUUGACAUGGCUAUGGGAAGCUUGAUUCUAUUUGUGUGGCAGAAAAUUGAUAGAAGGAAGGCAGACAAUUUCGGCCCUGCAGUGGCUUCGGGUUUGAUUUGUGGGGAUGGAAUAUGGACUCUACCCAGUUCAAUACUCGCUCUAGCAGGGAUUAAACCCCCGAUUUGCAUGAAGUUUUUGUCAAGGGGAUCAAAUAGCCGUGUUGAUAAGUUUUUAGAGUCAUUAGGCUGAUUUUGAGCUUGAAGGUAUGGUUUUAGUGCUUCCUAUAAUUUGGGUAAUGAAUCGUGUAUGGAUCUGAAGUUUGAUCAUUAUGUGUGUAAUAGGGAGUGGCCUUUUCUUUAUAGACAUUUCUAAAAAGGGAUCAUGAAUGGUAAAUGUGUAUGAAGCCUUGCAUA